GCGCUAGAAAUUGACAUUUAAAGACCCUAUUUUUAAUAUAAAAUCAAUGGAAACGGAUUUAAUGAUAAAUAAUGAGGCCACCGGGCAGGAUUAUUCUAUUUAUCCACGUAUUUCUUAUAAAACGGUUACAAAUAUUUCAGGACCGUUAGUUGUCCUUGAUCAGGUCAAAUUUCCUCGGUAUAAUGAAAUUGUGAAUCUUUACCUUGAAAACGGGGACGUACGGACAGGACAAGUAUUGGAAUCGAGAGGUACGACGGCUAUUGUCCAGGUUUUUGAAGGAACGGCGUCAAUUGAUGUCCGUUCGACUCGUGUAGAGUUUACAGGGAAAAGCUUAAAAAUAGCGGUAUCAGAGGAUAUGCAGGGCCGUAUUUUCAAUGGAUCAGGAAAGCCUAUUGAUCAGGGACCUCUUGUUAUUCCGGAGGAUUAUUUAGAUAUUAAUGGGUCUCCGAUUAAUCCGUAUUCACGUAUUUAUCCACAGGAAAUGAUACAGACGGGUAUUUCAGCGAUUGAUACGAUGAAUAGUAUUGCAAGAGGACAGAAGCUUCCUAUUUUUUCAGCGGCAGGGCUUCCACAUAACGAGAUAGCGGCACAAAUAUGCCGACAAGCGACUCUAAUUAGGCCUACAAAAGAUGUACAUGAUGGACAUGAAGAUAAUUUUUCUAUCGUAUUUGCAGCAAUGGGAGUCAAUAUGGAGACUGCUCGAUUUUUUAAGCGAGAUUUUGAAGAAAGUGGUUCAUUAGAAAGAGUAACACUCUUUUUGAAUCUAGCCAGUGAUCCUACAAUUGAACGAAUUAUUACUCCACGUCUUGCCUUAACUACGGCAGAAUACUAUGCUUAUCAAACGGAAAAACAUGUUCUUGUUAUUCUUACUGAUAUGACUUCUUAUGCAGAUGCUCUUAGAGAAAUUUCAGCUGCUCGAGAAGAAGUACCUGGUCGAAGAGGAUAUCCAGGUUACAUGUAUACAGAUUUAUCGACAAUUUAUGAACGAGCGGGGCGUGUAGAAGGAAAAAAUGGAUCUAUUACUCAGAUUCCUAUUCUAACUAUGCCGAAUGAUGAUAUAACUCAUCCUAUUCCUGAUCUUACUGGAUAUAUUACGGAAGGGCAAAUAUUCAUUGAUCGUCAAUUACAUAAUCGUCAAAUAUACCCACCAAUUAAUGUUCUUCCAUCAUUAUCCCGUCUUAUGAAAUCAGCUAUAGGUGAAGGAUUUACUCGUAAAGAUCAUCCAGAAGUCUCAAAUCAACUUUAUGCAAAUUAUGCUAUGGGAAAGGAUGCUGCUGCUAUGAAAGCUGUUGUUGGAGAAGAUGCUAUAUCAGAUGAAGAUAAGUUAUCUCUUGAAUUUUUAGAGAAAUUUGAAAAAAACUUUAUUUCACAAGGUCCAUAUGAGUCACGUACCAUAGAAGAAUCUCUUGACAUUGGAUGGUCUCUUCUAAGAAUAUUUCCUAGGGAAUUGCUUACACGUAUCUCAGAAGAAAUCAUUCAAGAAUUUUAUCCCAGAGCACCUGCUAAAAAGAAAAACUCAGAUAUUGAUAACUCAAAAAAUAAUUAUGAAGAUGAUACUACAUCUGAAUGUGUUAUAUCUCUUCAAGAAAAUUCAAAUUCUUCAUAAUUUUUCAAGUUUCAUGUCAACUUGUUUCACUAUUAAAAAUAUCUA